AUGCCCACCAAAUCCAUAUUCCGACAGCCUGGUGCACGACACUUCCAGCUCGUCCACCGGUCACAGCGAGACCCCCUAGUACAUGACCCAGAGGCGAGCCAACAUGUUCUAAAGGCGUUUGAGCGGGGCAAUGUUGCCAAGGGAAAGUCGAGAGCAGAGCUCGAGCAAAUUCUAUCUCCCUCGGACCUGGCUCAUGAUACUGAGCGCGAAAAUAUCGGCGAGGCUGCGCUAUACGGCGUCUACUACGAUGACACUGAAUACAAUUAUAUGCAGCAUUUGCGCCCGGUCGGUAUGCAAGAGGAUGGUGUCGAUAGCGUACUCGUAGAAGCCCUGUCAAAACCCAAGGGAAAGGCUAAAGAGCCAAUCACGUUGAUCGACUUGCCUCCUGAGGUACUGCCCUCGACGUCCGAGGUCCCUCGCAACUAUGAAGCGGAAGAGAGCAUUCCAUCGUCAAUAGCCCGGUUUAACCCCGAGCUCGAUCCUCACCUGCGUCAGGUGCUAGAGGCACUCGAGGACGACGCAUUUGUGGACGAUGACCUCGAUGAUGAUUUCUUCGGAGAUCUCGUGGCAGAUGGCGAGCUAGCCCCAGAUGGACACCUUGAGUUCGAGUUUACGGACGAAGGUAUCGAAGAUGGCCAUGAUGAGGCGGAUGCACGAGAUGAGGCCGACAGUGACCUCGACGAUGCUGAAAGAACAGGAUGGGAAGCGCGCUUCGCACAUUUCAAGCAGGCUCAGAAGAAUGGCCUUCGCAGUGCUGGCUCUGACGUGGAUGCAUCUUCAGAAGGCGGCGACACUAUUGGGGCGCUUCCUCAGAUAUCUGUCAUCGGAGGCAAGAAACGGCGAAAAGGCACUUCCGACGCGUCUGGAUAUAGCAUGAGCAGCUCGUCCAUGUUCCGUAAUGAAGGUCUUACGCUGAUAGACGAGCAAUUCGAUAAGAUACAAAAAGAAUACGAUUCGGAAGAGGAUGAAGAAACCCAUACUCUUUCCGACGAUUCCGACGGAGCACCCGAGUUAAUCACCUCUCGCGAAGAUUUCGAUGCAAUGAUGAAUGAGUUUCUCGAGAACUAUGAGAUCUUUGGCGGGAAAAUGCGUCCCGCUCUAGCUGGCGCAACCGGCACAGAGAAACUCGAUACGAUCCGGAAAGCACUGGGCGGGGUCCGCUUGCGUGAGGAAAAUGAGGAAAAUGAAGAAGAUGACAUCUUAAUGCCGCUUGAUAUUGAUGAGAAGAAGGACCGAUGGGACUGUGAAACAAUUCUAUCUACGUAUAGUGUCUUGGAGAAUCAUCCUCGGCUAAUCAGAGCUCGUCAAGACAGACCUGUCCCGAAAAUACCACUCCACCCGAAGACAGGUCUGCCUUUAACGGAAGAUAGCAAAUCCGCGCCUCGUCAUAGGAUCGACCGUUCCGAUUCGCUGGAGUCCGACUCAGAUGAUGAUAUACGGCCCCGGUGUGUGACCGUCUCACGACCUAAAAACGAAUCAAAAGAAGACAAACAGACCCGAAAGCAAGCCAUCAAAGCAGAGCGACAGCUGCGGCGUGCGGAUAAGAAGGCGACGAAGGAGCAAUUCUCGACUGAAGUUAAGCGGCAGAAUCGGGUCCUCUUGAAUAAGGAGAGGAAUAAGGGACGGAAGCUGUGA